AUGGAAGGUUCCUUUCCUCCUUCAAGCUUGUCAACUCCCACGCCUGCUUCCUCCUCAUCACCUGCCACGCCCUCUGGCCAAACCCCAUUCACGCCUCGCAGGUCCGAGGACUGGAACAAGUACCGCCCUUUCAUCGAGCAGUACUACCGCAAUGAUCAGCUCAAGCUCAAGGAUGUCCAGAUGAACAUGUUGCGGCACCACAAUUUCAAAGCAUCGGAGAAACAAUAUAAAGACCGCCUGCAUUCCUGGAAUGUCCGCAAGAAUAUCAAGAACAAGGAGGUCAAAAUCAUGUAUCGCAAGCAGCAGAAAAGGGCCGCCAUAGGCAAGCAGACAGUUUUCCGAGUGGCUGGUCAGAAAGUCGAUUCAAAACGCAUUGCGCGUUUCGUCCGCAGGUACGGACCGAAUUUCGACAGCGAGUCUCGCUCUGCUGGAGCCUCUCGAGACGGCGAAGAGAGCCCCGAGCCAUCGACUCCUUCAGAUAUGAGUUAUUAUACUCCCGAGCCAGACGAACGGCCUACUUCGCUGUCGCUGUCUCCUCAUCCAGAGAACCCUCCACAUUCCUGUGAGACGCCCGGUUCCAAGGCUUCUGGCACAAAGGCCGCUGUUAAUCAGAAGAAACACUUAGAUGAUUCCUUAAAUACUAUUACCGACUUCGGAGAGGACGAUGACGCGACCCUCCCUCCCGGAUUGAAGAAGGAGUACGAGAAGUUCACUAAAGAUGGCAACCUCAAACCCAUUCCACCGAUAGCCAGUGAUCCACACGGUGCAUACACUAUGUACAAUCAGUACAUUUUGGCGCUCGGCGCACAGCUCGAAAAGGAUACAGAAGGAUGGCGGAAACCUAGUGACGACCAAACACAAUCGACGUUUUGA